ACCAACGGACUGACACACAAAAACACCAAAAAGAGAGAGAGAAAGAGAGGCUCUACUGCAGUGCAGUGACAAGUCCAUAUACGUUUCCAUGUCCCACCAAGAAGAAGCGCACCUACCUCAACCGUGAUUGGUCCGCCUCACUCAAACGCGUGGGACGGUGUCUCUGCCUAGCCCAUCCUCUUCUUCCUCCCCUUUGGAUCAUAAUAAAACCUAAAUAAAAAUCUCCAAACUUUUGCAAUUUAUAUUUUAUUUUUCUAUAUAUAAACUCCUCCAUUACCCAACUUGAGAGCCUUUCCGACAACCUUCAACUCCCUUCUCACAUCUUCUUUUAUCACUUCUUUUGUUCUCUUGAAAACAGAGCACUUUCAGAGAGCUGAGAAGAAAGAAAGAAACAGUAACCAGUUGCAGUAGCAGGAUAUCGGACUCGAGCCACAGAUUUCAAGCAAAUCUGUUUUGACUUUGGAGCCUAAACCCAAAGAGGCAAAGGUUCCUUUCCUGGGUAUAUUCCAUGGAUUCCCCUCAAUCUGUUGUCUCUCCAUUCAAAACCUCUGUUGUUUCCGAGCAUGAGAAGCAGAAAUCUGACUGUUCUGUUCGGUCCAACUCGGGACCAUAUUCUAAUGGAAUUGAGGCCAAUAGACAGGAAACCAAUGUUUGUGAUGUAGAUGACUACAUUGGUGUUAUUGAUGUUUAUGUUCAUCAGGCCAGGGACAUACACAACAUCUGCAUUUACCACAAGCAAGAUGUGUAUGCUAAGCUUUUCCUGACAAGUGAUCCAGAACGCACCGUAUCCACCAAAACCAUUAAUGGUGGCGGUCAGAAUCCAGUCUUCGAUGACAAGGUCCAGCUCAAUGUUCGGACUGUUGAUGCCUCCGUCAAAUGUGAGAUUUGGAUGCUGAGCAGGGUGAAGAAUUAUCUUGAAGAUCAGUUGCUGGGGUUUGCUUUGGUGCCUAUGACAGAGGUCCUCAUCAAGAAUGGAAGGUUGGAGAAAGAAUUCCCUCUUUCUUCAACCGAUCUCUUUCAUUCCCCAGCAGGGUUUGUGAAAUUGUCUCUCUCUUAUGCUGGAGAUUCACCAGAAGUGAUGUCCUUGACCUCAAAUCCUAUUAUGGAGGACACAGAGAUAACUGAUUCUAUUCCUUGUGAAGAAUUAGAUAAGAUAGAGUUCCCAGACCCAGAUAUUGCCAAUGAAGACCAGAUGAUGGUUUCGGAGUAUAUUAAGAUCCCAUGUUCGGAGUUUGAGUCUCAGAGCUCUGAGAGCUUUGUUACUGCUGAUGGUGAAACUCAUGUCAGUUCCGAAGUGGCCGUUCAUGCUGUUGAAAGCGCCAUUCAUGCUGUUGAAAGCUUCCCGACGGCUGCUUUUGGAUCUAUUCAGGCUCAGAAGCUUGACUCUCCCCCAAGCAGUGUGUCAACUAAUGGGGUUUCAUCUCCAUCAGUCCAGGCAAGCUCAGAGUCAUUUGACGCUCCAGCAACUUCGGAAUCGCCAAAUCAGGAACAAGUUUCUGCCUCAAAAGAGAAAAGGGCAGACCUUAAAGAUGGUGAGACUGAUUCAUCUGGUGAGGUGCCUAGUGAUGCAAUUGCAAAACCCGUGGUCACUGUCAACAUUCCAGAGCAAAAUGUGGUGCAGCAGGAUUUUGUAGACAUGUACAUGAAAAGCAUGCAGCAGUUUACUGAGUCUUUGGCAAAAAUGAAGCUUCCUGUGGACAUCGAUUCACCAACCAGUUCAGGAAAUUCGAGCUCUGAUCAGAAUUUAGCUACACCAAAGACAAAUGGCUCCCGUGUGUUUUAUGGGAGUAGAGCUUUCUUCUAAGCUCCUAGUUCACUGGUUCCGACGAAGACUCACAGGUGACUCUAGAUUUUAGAAUGGAGGCUAGUACUAGUAGUGAAGUGUAAUAAUCUGUUUUAUGUAUUGUUGUGCUUUCCUUUGUAUGUUGCGGUGAUUUAGAUGACUUGAAAUCUUGACUUGUACCUGUUACAAGCUUUGUUCUGUCACAACCUGCUGUUAGUAUAUAUGAACUAAUGUUACAUCUUCCCUCUUGCUCUUUGUAGCUACUUUUAAUCAUAACCUUCUAAUUAUUUUG